AUGGCCUUUGUCCAGCCCGGCUGCCCGGCUAGGUUCGCCUACCAGAAUGAGCAUCGUGUCAAAGGACUCAACGCAGAAACCCUAGCGAGGGUCUUCCUUCCCACGCCCUCAUGGCUGUCGACUCCGGAGUAUGCAGCAAUCCGGUCAGAUACUGGCAAUCCAUCGACCUGCAUCUUCUUCAGCCUUAAUAUUUCCAUAUACAACCAACAGAUAAUCUCCUCGGAAUGGACCGAGCAAUGGUUCUUCAUGGUCGGCCGUGUUCAUCCCUUUGCCCUGACGUGGGAAAUCGAGCGACGUGAUGGCUUGGAGUCGGACGAUGAUAACAUCACAGAAUACACCGUCCCCGCGCUUAUAGUCCGCGAUCACAGCUACCAACCAAUUGUCACUCGCACCCUCAGCUCGGUGGAUACUUUCCCAACGAUACAACCCAUUGUCUCCUUCAUGGGACCUGUCAUCGGCUCCGGCCGCGACCUCCUGCAUGGAAACUCGGCUGCGGCCCUUGACGACACCCAGCUGAGCUGCUGCGGCUUUAAGAUGACCGAGAGGCGCGACAGCCAGUUCCAGUCGAACGCUCUCUUCACCUGUACGGGCAAAAUCGCCGGCUUACUGGAUCACCAGAUCAUGAAACAUGCCCCGGCUUUCGACCAAGACUAUAUCUUCAUCGUCGUCCCCGACACGUGGACUUUCCACGACAAGGCCAUGUCCGACCAGGCUUCUGCAACACAACUACUGCCGACGACACCCAAGAGCGCGUCGAUCCUUAUGCUGGCAUCAAGUCGGUCAAUGCCCGAUCCCUACCAAACCCCAACCAAGAGACCGCGACUUUCUCCCGAAACUUCCACCAUAAUCACCGACUGUGACGGUCAAGACUCCCCCAAAUCCGAUACCUCCUCCUUUCUGUCCCCGGAAGACCCCGCAGAGUCAGAGACGGACACCGAACAGGUCAAUCACCAAGACACAUCCGCCUCUGGCUCUAUCAGACCUCCCGCGUCGAUAUCUUCCCGACCACUGCGCGCCCGACGUCCGCCCAAGAAUAUUCUCUAA